UAGACCUUUUUUUACUGGGGCUAAAAAAAUAAAAUAAAUAGCUAAAUUGAUUUUUGAUUCAUUUGAAUCGGGCGCUUGGAAAGAAUCGGUUCAGUGAACCGAGUCGAUCUCUCCCUUUACUGUACGCCUGCCACCCGAGCGUGGCGACAGGGGGCGUCCGACUUGUUGCUGCUGCUGCUGGGCAGGCGGUGGGAGGCAGCCAGGCUGCUGCUGCUGGUGCUGGUGAUGAUGGUGAUGAUCCACUCGGUCGACAAGCUGAACCGGGAUUCAUCCAACCUCCGAGACCCUGAGCUCCACCUUUAAGUGAGCCGUCCCCCUCCCUCUCUUCUCUCUCUCUAUCCCUCUCUCUCUCUCUCUCUCUCUCUAUCCCUCUCUCUCUAUCCUUCUCUCCCUCUCUCUCUCUCUAUCCUUCUCUCUCUCUCUAUCUCCCUCCCUCCCUCCUCACACCGUCCUUCCCCCCAUGAAGCAGCAAGGCUGGAGAAGGUGGCCGUAAUCGACCCCCCCUGACCCGCUAUAAUAAAUGGUUUUGGAGCUGGCAGCGCCCGCCAGCGCAGGCCCGUCGCUGCAGCGCUGCAUCCCGCACAUCGAGCGCGUUUUCCGGGUGAAGGUGAGCUGCAGAGCCGCGGACCCCCACCAAGGAGCCUGCGGCGUGCUGGUCAACAUCGACGAUGGCACGGAGGAAGACUGCACCAAGGCGAAGGACUAUAUUGUGUCUCUGAUAUCGCCUGUCCAGCGGCACCGCGAGCGCCUGACCCUGUGGCUGCAGCGGCGCCUGCACUCCCUCCGUGCCGCCAUUGAGUACGAGAGCUGUGCGGUGCUGCAGGUGAGAGACCAUGCUCUGGAGCUGCAGGGCGGCCCCGCCCAGGUGACAGCUGCAUGUGCCAUGCUGCAGCGUCUCAAGAUGGAGCACCGUGGACGGUGCCGUGACCCACAGCCUGCGCCCUCGCCCACAAGGCAAGGCUCGCCUGAGGAGGAAGAGGAGGAGGACGAAGGAGAGGAAGAGGGGAGCAGCUCAGAGAGUGAAGGGGAGGCGAGGUCACGGAGUGGGAGCUCGGGAGGCGGAGCUGCUGAAGCCGGAGGAGGUCGUAAACGGGAGCCGCUAAUGGCUACGAAACCACACCGCCAACUUUGCCGAUCACCAUGUCUGGACCGUCCCAGUUUUAGCCAGAGCAGUACGCUACAGGAACUACGUGCAGAAGAUGCACGCUCGGACUCCGCCCACAAAAUGUUUCCUACCUCUGCAGGCCACGCCCCCUUCCAACAGACAAGCAGCGAGAGCAGAGACUACCAGACCAAAAUGGACUUUGCGCUAAAGCUGGGUUACUCAGGGGAGCAGGUAGAGUCUGUCUUGAGCAAGUUAGGCCCCAGUGCUCUUAUCAAUGAUGUCCUGGCCGAACUCGUCAGGCUUGGUAAUAAGGGUGAACUGGAAGCCCAGGCACCGGUCAAUUUGGCCAGUCUGGCCCCCCGAGGCCCCGGGGCCAAAGAAGCAGUCAGUCCAGAGGUCUCGCUUGAGGAGGAGACAACGGACACGUAUGAUAACCUACGACCCAUCGUUAUAGACGGAUCCAAUGUAGCCAUGAGCCAUGGAAACAAAGAGGUUUUCUCGUGCCUGGGCAUCCAGCUGGCGGUUGAUUGGUUCCUGGAGAAGGGACACAAAGACAUCACCGUGUUCGUACCGGCGUGGAGAAAAGAGCAGUCCAGACCAGAUGCUCCCAUAACAGAUCAGGAGAUCCUGAGAAAGCUGGAGAAAGAGAAGAUCCUGGUCUUCACCCCGUCUCGUCGUGUCCAGGGCCGGCGGGUCGUGUGCUACGAUGACCGAUUCAUUGUCAAGCUGGCCUGUGAUUCUGACGGCAUUAUCGUCUCCAACGACAACUAUCGGGACCUGCAGAACGAGAAGCCGGAGUGGAAGAAGUUCAUCGAGGAGAGGCUCCUCAUGUACAGCUUUGUCAAUGACAAGUUUAUGCCCCCUGAUGACCCACUAGGGAGACAUGGUCCAAGCCUGGAGAAUUUCCUACGCAAGCGGCCGGUGGUACCUGAGCACAAGAAGCAACCGUGUCCUUACGGUCAGUACAGCAAAAGUAAGAAGUGCACGUAUGGUCACAAGUGUAAGUACUAUCACCCGGAGAGAGCUGCUCAGCCAAUGCGUUCUGUAGCAGAUGAACUCAGAGCUUUCGCCAAACUCUCUGCUGUUAAGACCAUGAGCGAGGGUGCUCUUGCCAAGUGUGGCACCUCUGGUGGCACUGCAAGAGGGGACACUUCAGAGGCCAAACGAGUGGCGCCAAAGCGGCAAUCAGACCCGAGUAUCCGCUCGGUAGCAUGUGAACAGGAAGAGCGGCUUUGUCCAGCCCGGAAAGCAGAAGCAAAUUCCGUCCCAUCCUUAGUGACUGCUCUUAGCGUUCCCACCAUGCCACCUACAAAAAGUCAUGCGGCCGGUGCCUUGAAUACCCGGUCCGCAAGUAGCCCUGUGCCGGGGUCACUUCACUUCACCCACAGCUCGCUAGAACACACCAGCAGUAUCCAGUACCCUCCUAUCCUUGUCACAAACAGCCAGGGAGCAUCAGUGGCAUACAGUGAACCUUUCCCCAAAUACGAUUCUGUGGUCAGUGACCACGGCUAUUACUCGAUGCUUAGUGAUUUCUCCACCAUGAGCUUGGGUAGCAUGCAGGACAGCUUCUGUAGCCUGGAACAGCCUGAUCCAGCAGGGGUAGGGGGAGGGUAUCCCGGACGGGGCUCCAGCAUGUGUCCAGAACCUGGGCGCAGUCAUUCUUCUGAUUCCUUCUCUUCCUACAGUGGAGAGAUGUACUCCAUGGAGGGCAGUAUGGACGACAGCAUGAAAGGCCCAUCUGCACAAUCCCAAGUGCAGUCAUCCGCCCAGACUCGCUUGCAAGCAUUUGCACACGGUUUCCACCACGAGGCUUUGACAAGGGUCCAAAGCUACGGCACAGAUGAGCCCAAACCUGGACCGCGCAAGCAAUCUUCAGCUCACCUUGUGCCCCAUGCGCAGCAUGCUGUUGUAGGAGCUCGCUCCAGCUGUCCUGGAGACUACCCCCCUCUUUCCCAGAACGUGCUGCCUUCGUCUGGCCCCACACAGCAAGGGAGAUCCCUGGGAAUGACCCGCAUGGACAGCAUCUCGGACUCCCGGCUAUACGAAAGUAACCCGCUGAGGCAGCGCCGACCACCUUUGUGCCGGGAGCAGCACGCAAGCUGGGAUCCACUGCCUUGUGGGAAUGAGCCUUAUGGGUAUGGUGGUUACGGACUGGCGGGAGGACUCAUGCCAUGCUGUGAGCGUGUCAUGGUGCGCAGUAUGCCGGAGAAGAUGGAGCAGAUUUGGAGGUCUCCCUGGGAUACCCCACCGGGCCCACCCCCAGGACCUCUCGGGCCGGCAGUUGAACCUCAAGAACGCCACCCGAUCCCGGAACAACAGUACCAGACUUACCGAAACCUCUGCAAUAUCUUUCCAGCAUACGUAGUCCACUCGGUCAUGGAGAAGAAUCCUCACAUGACUGAUCCCCAGCAACUAGCAGCAGUCAUCGUAACAAGACUGCGGUCCUGUCAUUGAAUAUGCGGGAAGAAGGGAAUGGAAGGAAGAAGAAAAAGGACUGUUGUGAAUACUUGAGCACGGCAUUUCAGUCCUGGAAGUCAACAGCCAAUCACUUGAAGAUAAUAGUCAUAUUUAUUUCCACACCAUCAAGGGUUUUUUGGUAUUAUUACCAUGAUUAGCAUUAUCAGUGCUACACCAGUUAGCAUGUUCUGUUCAAGCCAUACUUAAUGAUAGACAUUUUACCCCAAUAGAGAUUCACCGGUACCAUCUACUAAAGAGCAAGAAGCCUAAUCAGGCUUUGAUUAAAGAAGGUUUUAAUGUUGUUUAAGCAUUUUUUACAUUUCUUUAUGUUUGUACCAUUUUUCUUUGCAUAUUGGCCUGCAGAAAAUGCACUUAUGCAGAAGGAAUGCCAGUGGCAACAUGUUUCAGCAAGUGAAAGUGAAGAUCUGGGAUCAGGUCCUCUUUACUAAUAUAGUAGUCUAAUAGUAAUACUAAUUACUAGUAUUAGACUGAAACCCUAUGUGAUGCUACCCUGCAAGUCCUUUUAUGAAAGCCUGAAGUGAUGAUAGUGGUUCUACAAUGAGUAGGCAAACUUUAUCCACAAGGAGAGGAGUGAAUUGAGUGAGAUAACUCUGUAUGGGGAAUUAAUUUUACACAGAAUGAGUACAAUUGUGUAUUCACUUGCACCAGUGUAAAUAUUGUGACAUUUAAUUUGCCUUUUGUGUGAAUAGGUGGAAUUUCAGAAUGGAGCGCAAACUCUCAAGUACCUCAAAGCAUGAACAUUGAACUUUUGAACUUUUAUGGCCUUAUCUCGGUGACCUCCCCACAGGUAUUGAUGUGAUUGUUUUCGGGUGGUUGUGGAGGUCACAGUUUGUGUUUAGUAUUUGCCAAUGAGCACUAGCAGUAUUUAGAGCAAUUAUGUUUUAUCAAUGCUACAUGUUUGAGGCUACCCUCCGAUGGGGGGUGGUAUUUCGAGUAGAACACCACUGACCUGCCAAAAUGUUGUGCUGUUGUCCCUCCUUACUCACAAAGCCAUUUUUAAAAGAGUAUUUGACGCUGCUUAACUAAGGCCAAAAAGAUCAUCAUCAAAGUGUAAAUGACUUAGAGAUCUAGAAAUAUUAACGUUUCAUGACAGCUAGCUACAGUAGCAGCUAGCAGGUUGAGUGCUACAACCAUGUUAGCUGUGUUUAUUUUGAUGUGUCAUGCUAACAGCAAGUAUUGUGCAGUAACAUUACUGAUGCUAAAAGAAGAAUUCCCCAAGUGGUUUUUGAGAUGUUUACAUGGUUUUAAAGCUACAGGCAGGUCAUGCAUUUUGGUAAUGCAUUCAUUUGGAGCUGUUCUAGAUGCAGCGUUUUUCCAAGGCUGUUCUAGUAAAUUGGAUGAAAAUGUAAAAUAUGCUAUACCAAUGGCAAAUGUUCAUCCAGGAGAUGAUUUGGAAUGCAAUAUUUUUACGAGCCUUUUUUCAGGAAUUGAGUGGGGUAACAUCUGCCAAUUUACAUGUAAAUUUAGCAUUUACAAAACAUAGUCAUUAUAGCUUUAAACAGCUCUGAAUCCAUGCAUGUGAUGCUGAAGUGAGAGCGUGACACUUAACUGGCUUAUUAGCCAAUUAAGGCUCGUAAUGACGUAAUUGUAACUUAAUUAUAACUUAAUGAAAUGUGUGCGUUAAGUAAGGGCAGAGGGAAAUGCGUCUCAUCAGCAAAAUGCUUCUGAAGAGCAUCUAUUUUCUGAUUUGUGCUGGGAGACAACACCUCUGCCCUUCUUUGUAUAUUAGCACAUCCUAGGAGAAUCUUUGAAUGUUGCAAACCCAGAGAAGUCUGGGUGGAAACUUUAUCUCUCUUUUUUGGGUUCUUUUGUUUUGUUUUCAUGAGCGCAGGUGGGGCCCUGAGGGGUUCUGUUACUGCUCGUGGGAAGGUGUGACACACUGCCUACCUGUUUCUCCCUGUGCGAUACACACACACACGGAACACCAGGCUGUCGUUGGGUUGUUUCUUGCAUUUGACUGACAGGUCGCUUGCUGCCCUUCCCCUUACGCCCUGUUUUUCCUUGCAGCUUUUAAACUCUCCAACAUCUUUAACGCAAGACUGAGAGAUUGUGGAUUCAAUUUCUAUUGAUUAAUAAGAAGAUACUCUGAAGCAGGCACUUCAUGCCAUUCCAAAACCUGACUGAGCUGUGCUUGGUUAGUUUGGAUAAUUAAUGCUAGUUUGUAGCAUAGAUCAAUACACUGACAUGUCAUGGGACAGGAGCUAGUAUAUGUGUGGGGCAUUCUGCAUUAAAUGUGGAGGUGAUUUCUGCCAGAAUUGUCUGUUGUCUGUUGGCAUGGACAGUUCUAGCCAGACGUCUAGCUGACCUCGCUCAAGCUCGAACAGUAAUUUACGUCGCCUUGCCAUGUUGCACACUGGCCUGUAAGAUAAGAUAUAAGAUAGCACCUUACAACUUAUAACUAUAUAGGUGUAGGUGUUUCUAAACCAUCCCUUAAGGCAACACUUCAACAUCAGUUUACAUACUGCUAUCCCAUGACUUUUGGCAUGCCAGGUAUGAAAAAGAUAUAAUUUAAUGUAAAAUAAAAUGUACACAGUUUACUCCCUUAGACUGAAUGUUGGUAAACAGACAAAACAAGAUAAGCAUGCCAAGUUUGCUUUGAUAGUUCGUACUAGGGCUAUGAGGCUAAUGUAGCUAGCACAUGAAGCUAAAAAAAAAAGGACAGCAAAAAUAUAAUAUAGGGCUGCAACUAACAAUGGUUUUGAUAAUAUAUCAUUUUAAAAAAUGUUGAUUGUUUAUUAGACCAAAAGAAAAAAAAAUCUAAAGUUGAUUUCCAGCAUUUAUUUAAUAAAUCAAACUGUUUUUGUACUAAUGCUGUAAUUGUAUAAGGAACACAAACCUACUGUUAUUAAAAAUAUUAGUGUUUGCAGUACAAGAAUUAACCUGACAGUUAUAUAAUUAUUUAGUUAAAUUAUUAUUGUUUAUUGACACAAUAACAGUGUAUGUAAUGUAAAUAUACAAUUAGCUGUGAUUCUCAAACAUUUCCAUAUAACAUCAGAAAAUACUUAAAAUGUAUUAUUUAAAAACUGUUUGAAAUAAUUUUCUUUUACUCUGAACGGAACUGCCUUCAUAUUAAGGUAAAAUAAAAACUCGCUAAACGUGAGAUAUAAAUUUACUACAAAAUGAGAUGUCUUGUUUAACUGUUCUAGUAGGCUCUGGGAACAUAGACAAUAUAAAUAAUAUAAAUAAUAUAAUUACAAAAACAUAUAGUAAAAACUACGGCUUGUUUUGGAAAUAAAAGUCUAGCUUUCCCAUUCAAGGUGGAACUUAAGGUGGAAGGAAAUACUCGGUGGGGGGAUGCUAAGACUAACUUGAUAGCUAAAUGUAAGUGAGAUAAAAAAUGUACUUAAGGUGAGACAUCUUGUUUAACUACUGUUCCAGACUGUAUGAACACUGAGUGAGGGAAACUGUUAAUGCUAACAUUAGCUUCACAAAAGCUACAGCUUGGUCGACUUGCCACAUUCAAGGUGGAAGUGAAAACUCAGGGGAAAUGCUAAUGACUUGUUUGCUAAAUGUGAGUGAGGGAAAUUUGUUAAGAAUGAUUACUUUAACUAUUUCAGGCUCUAGUAACACUGAGUGAGAGUAAAAACAGAACUAACCCAUGUCUCCAAAAUGGGGUAGCAACUGUACUUUUGUCUAUAAUAACAGACCAAAAUAAUCGGUUAAUAAAUUAGUAAAUAAGUUGUAAUAAAUUAGUAAUUAAUAUACUGUAUUUUUUGCACUAUAAGGCACACUGUCAAUAAAAUUUUCUGGUCUAUUUUCAUUCACAAGGCGCACCAGAUUAUAAAACAUUAUUUUUAAAGUCAAACAAGUGUUGGAUGUUAAUCUACACAAAUAUCUCUUUUAAAGUGCUCCUGUUUAUUUACAAUAAGCUUACAUUUACAGAUUUCCACUAAGGCUAGCCAGACAGAGCUACACUGAGGAACCCUGAGUGUUCCGGUAAGCCGGGGCGAUAUUAGCUAGCGGUUUGUCCCACAUAGCUUGAUUUAACAUGGUAAACGGGAAGGCUACAGCCCCAUAAUACUGACCUUUGAACGUCGAAAGAGUUAACUAGCGCUUAGCACGGUUAGGGGGUAAUGCUAAAGCUGCUCCAGCAGUGCUUCCUGGGGUUAGCAGCAGGCUCCAGUCCCAUAAUACUCACCUCUGAACGGCAAAACAGCUAGCUCUUAGCGCGGUUAGCAGCUAAUGCUAAUACUGCUCGAGUCUCAGUGGUGGAGAACUAAACUGUUGACCUAAACUAUAACGCUACACUUUAGCGGAGUAACUUUACUGUUCCUUACAACCUGACUGGUAAAAUUCAUACAUAAGGUGUGCCUUAUAGUGUGAAAAAUACGACAAUAAUUUCUAGGUAUUUUACUUGUGUCUGAUUCCACAAGCAGAAAAAAAUAGAUUUUUAGCUUUUUAGCUAAAUAAAUAAUUACUUACACAAGUAACAGCAUAUGUUUUUUGCAAUUUGAAGAGAUUACUUAACAAGUUGGCAUGGUUUGAGGUGGGUGUGGGAUGAUUUAUUGAGUUAUCAUGCUAACACCAUGAUGUUAGUUAGUUACUUGGUAGCUGCAUUAGCCUUGUAGCAUUAGUGCAAAACUAAAAAAGCUCAGUUCAGACACCCAGCAUGUCAUUGCUGAUCAAACAUAUUUGAGGUAAGAAGAAGAAAACUGUGUACAUUUAGAAAAAAUAUAGGAAAAGUAAUUUUUUCUCCUUCAAUUUCCUUAGGGAUCCUCCUAACUGCUUUGCCCCUGAAGCUAGUAGCGUAAUAACAAAAGGAAAGUUGACUUUAAGAGAUUUUAAGGUUGUAAAUGAAGCUGAAUGUCCAGCGCUAACCCUCUAAGAAACCUUUCAUCUAUAUUACGCUCCCAGUUUCUGCCUCCCUCCACUCGCAGCAAGCUAUCACGCCUCAAAUGUCUAGAAACGACCUUUGCUUGUUGAUACAAAUUGUAUCUAUUUCUUGAUUGUAAAAAAAUUGAGCUGUACAGUAUCAUCUAUAUACAUAUAUAUAAAUAUAUAUAGUUAUAUAAAAAGCUUAGUUUUAUUUAAAAGGAUAAAAGAGACAUUAAUGCCAUAAUGUUAGUGACACUAUGUGUCACUAGUGUAGCCCAUACAGAAGGCUUCUUUCCUGCCGGGCAGACAUCUAUAGACAGGGAUCUCUCUCCCUCUAUCUUCUUCUCUUUCUCUCUCUCUGGUUCUGUCCAUGCACCCUCACCUCAUACCUGUACACACCUCUAUGUUUGAUAUACUCAGUAAAGUAGGGGUGCAUGAUAUAUGAGCAAACAGUAUUUUACUGAUAAUUGGGAAAAGUUCAUUAUUGUUAUUUGUGCGGUUUUCUUAUUGGUGUAAUAUUGGAAUUACUGCCAAUAAUUAUAGCUGGUAACUGGUCACUUAAUUUGUGGCUGUUCCAAAUCACUUUUUAGAAUAUAAAUUCUAAUCUAAAUUCUAAAUAUCUAAUCUAAUAAAAUUUCAUUCUUUGUCAUUACAUAUGCAUGGGGAAUCACCAAUGUUUGAUUUUCCAAAUACACAUUUAAAAGUGUAGCAUUCCAAAACCCAGAUGAAUCACCUAAUGCUAAUUGAUGCAUCAAAGAUUCAGAAUCACAAUCAGAAUUUAGAUUCAUCCACAGCAAGGUGUUAAUUAUCUGUUAUCAUUAUUGGUCUAGAAAUUCCAUAUAUUUUCUGCACCAUUCAAUGAGUGUAAAUUCUCAGUAGAAAUGGAAAAUCACUCCAGCAGGAAGAUUCUGCAGCAUCCUGUGACUUCACCACUGCCCACGUCUCUCUCUCUCUCUCUCUCUCUCUCUCUCUCUCUCUCUCUUUCCCUCUCUCUAUUCCUCUCUGCGUUUUACUCUCUCUCUGACGUAUUGAUCGGGGGUGACAUACACACUUACACACAAUCUGUGUGCUCCUGUCCAAAUAUAUAAAUAUCUAUAUACAUAUAUAUAUUUUUUUCCUUUGUAAAUAUUGAAAAACAAAAAUUUAACCACUUAGAUUUGCACAGUAUUAGUGCUUUUUACAAACAUGCACAUAAACACACGCACACACAAAUGAUGUACCAGCUAUCCUAAGCAGGAUUACACACACACGCACACACACACCCUGCUGCUCACUUACAGACAAACACACACACACACACACACACACAUAUGGGUUGCCUUGACAACCAUAGUUAGCUUGGGUUCUUAUCUGUGUUAAGAAUAAAAUCAAUUAAUUACUAUGGAAAUUAUGGACUUUGUGUAUUCUAGUGUGGAUUUAUGGUGAACUCAGCUUUUUUCCCCCUUUUUAUACUUUUUUUUUUUUUAGCACAUACCGUCAGAGCAUGGAGGCAAAGUUCUGAAUUGUAUGUAAAAACAGACAGACUGACCUCACAGGCUGGUCUAGAGUGUUGUAUUGAGUUAACGCGCACACACACAAACACACACACAGACGCACACACCUGCCUUAUAUAGUUAACCUUCCGAGUGUGUGAACUAAAGACAGAUAUACAAAUAUACAUAAAACUAUGUACACACAGCAGAGCCUUUGCCAAUUACACUACCAGUGUUUAUACAAUUAUGAAUAAGAGAAGGUUUCUUAAUGCUGCACAGAAUUUAAUUUGGAACAUAAUGAGACAGUGGCAUUUAUCAUAAAGUUAAUAUAUUGAUUAUUUACAGAGUAAUGUAAAUCUAUAUCUAGAAUUUUACAUAAUUUUUGUGGUAAAAAAAAUCAAGGACAAAAAAAAUAUUUGGCAUCUUGCAGUUCCCAGACAAUUUAUUUGGAUCAUCUUAUCAUUAAAUUAUUUGUAAACUAAAAGUAAAAAAA